AUGAUCGCAUUAAUGAUGCUGAUUAUAGCGAUUCUCGGAUUUAGCAGAAUAUAUGUUACUACGGAAGAAAGUGACCAAAUGUAUUCAUCAUUGACAUUUGUUUGCGUGGACGCCAAUGUAAUAUCAUUAGUGAAUGCUUGCGAUGGAAUUCCACAUUGCCCUGAUUCUUCAGAUGAAGUUGGAACACUGUGCCGUCAUAUUGUCUGUCCCAUGUAUAUGUACAGAUGCAGCUAUGGCGCAUGCGUGAAUCGUACGGCGCGAUGCAAUGGUUUAAUAGAUUGCAUAGAUGCUAGUGAUGAGGUCGGUUGUGAUCGAGAUUCUAACGACAUUUGUUCCGAUAAAGAAUUUCAAUGUUCUUCUAUUCAUCGAGAGUGCAUAUCUCUCGAUGAUGUGUGCAACGGAUAUAAAGAUUGCUCGGAUGAAAGCGAUGAAAAUGCAAUAACUUGUCACGAGUAUCCAUGUCCCGAAUAUACAUUUCGAUGUUUAUAUGGAGGUUGUAUUGAACAAGAAGUGAUUUGUGACGGUGUCAAAGAUUGCAUCGAUAGCACCGAUGAAGAUUCAAAUAUGUGCGCGGCUAUCAAUUGCGAAGGUGAUAAAUGUUCACAAUAUAAAUGCCGAGACGAAGAAUUUACAUGUGAGAAUAGACAGCAAUGUCUAUCAACAGAUAAAAUAUGUGACGGUAUUCGACACUGUAUAGAUGCAUCUGAUGAAAAUCCGGAAAUGUGUAAAAUACGUGAAUGUCCUGAAAAUUGGUUUCGCUGCACUUACGGUGGAUGUAUUCGACCAGAAUUUAUAUGUAAUUCUCGGUUAAAUUGUUAUGACUGGAGUGACGAGGAUGAGUCUUUAUGCGGGAUAACGCUGCCCGAAGGUGCCUGUCGAUUGCCUGCUGCAAAAGCAGGAACGCAUUAUAAUGUGAGCGGAUGUUUAAGAUGUCGGCCGGGCGAGAUUGUUCCCGAAUUCACAUGGCUCGAUUAUACUUGUGACAUUGAAGGUUCUUUGCAAGGUGCCGAUAGGAUUUAUUGCCAGGAUAACCGCUGGUUUCCCAGUGUCCCAAAUUGUAUUUCUAAAAACGAAAUAGAAGAAAUGACAUGUCCGGCACCUUCUGAAGCAUACGGUGCGAUUAAACGAUGUAAGGCGAUGUGGGGUUCUCAUAAAGGAUGGUUGCCUUGCGAUCGAGCUCUCCCAGUCGCGGCAGCACUAAUUGUUAAGGGAUGGCGCGUCGAGAAAGAAGAGACACUACCAUGGCAAGCCACCCUCUUUUCACACGAUAAUGGUCAGUGGAGGUUCUUUUGCGGUGGCACGUUAAUAGCAGAACGUGUUGUGUUAACUGCUGGUCACUGUAUUUGGAAGACCUCGGCGGAUACAGUGCGCGUUGCUUUCGGAAUCCUUUCGAGUGAUUUAAAUCAAGCAGGAGAAAAUGCACAGGUGAUAGAUGUAAAAAGUAUCAAAUUGCAAAGUGCAUAUCAAGAUCACGAGAGUAAUUACGGCUCAGACAUUGCAUUGCUAAUCUUAAAAGAAGCUGUGAUCAUUAACUCGGUUGUUAGACCCGUUUGCGUUCCUUCAUACAUCGACACGACAUUGAUGGAAUAUCAGCAAAGCGGCAAAUUUGGAUUGGUGGCAGGAAUGGGAUUAACGGAAAACGAUACAUUUAGUCCAGUCUUGAGGGUAACUACGAUGAAAAUUAUUUCUGAUGAUAAAUGUCACCAAAAUCAAAAUAGAGAUUUUUGGAAAUAUUUAACUUAUACAUCCUUUUGUGCUGGAUGGGCAAAUGGCACCGGAGUAUGCAAUGGAGAUAGCGGUGGAGGAUUGGUACUUGAGCAAUUGAAUUCUAGCAUCUGGGAAAUUCAUGGAGUCGUCUCUGUAAGCCCACGAAGAUUAGGCACUAGUAUGUGCAACCCCAAUUUCUACACUGUUUUCACAAAGGCUUUUCAAGUAAAAACUUUAACUAGUGGCAUGCGGAUAAGUCCUGGACUAAGCAUAACAACAUGCGUGACUUAUACCUUCAAAAGACCAUCUGUAUUGCACGCAAUAAUUCCAAUCGAGAUCAAUGGAAAGAUUUUUGAUUAUCACGCAAUAUGUACACUCGCCACUGGACAUAUCAGCAUAGAGCCAAAAUCGAUAGAUUUUGGUACCAUUGACAUUGGUUAUUCGUCCGGUUUAAAAAUAUUAACAAUUCAUAAUGAAGGAAAUAAAAGUACCAGGAUUAAAUCUACUCCAAAUAUACGCGUUCCUAUACAAGUACAUGUCAUCAUACCGAGAUUAGUAGUUUAUCAUCCGAAUACGACCGGAGACAUCACCCUUAUCGAUUUUUCACCCACGAUAGAAAAUACCAGCAGAUACGAUACUUUCGUCCUACGAAAUCUUUCGUCUCGAAUCUCCAGUUAUGUUGUUCUCGGCGAGCUCGAUAACGAAAUGAAAUGCAUUCGAGAUAUCGAUCGCAAACACAAUCCGAUUUACAGUGCCUUUGAAAUUUGUCCGCUUGAAGGGCGCAUGAAUCCGUUUCAAGGUGUCAUUUUCGAAGUAAAAUUUUCACCAAUAACCAUGUUAUCGCAAUGGAGACAAAAACAGCAAAAAGAAUCUGAAAAUGUAUACAAAAACCGAGAGAAUAGAGAUUUUAUGGCAUUUAUUAAAAUAGUUAAAGUAGACUGUAUAGAAAGAGAUUUGGAUGAUAACAUGAAAUCAAUGAUGGAAAUUUCUUCUUUGUCACCAUCCUGCGCAUCAAAUAUUGAUUCAGGAAACGGCGAUAUAAUAAGGCUUUGUCUUUACGGUGAAGUGGAAACGGUACAAUUGCAUCUUGAACCUGAUAGCCUCUAUUUUGGCGACUUAAUAGUCGGCCAGCUAUCACAACGCGUACUUCGUUUAACAAAUCCUUCUACAAUUGCAUCGAUAUAUGUGGAAUGUGUACCAAGCGCAACUGCACACUGUUGCCCGAAUCGGGUAAAACUUAAGUCGAACACGUCCAUCGAAAUUCUUAUUAAAGUUCGCGGCAAAGAAAGUAGUCAAUCUUCGUUUAACCUGUUAUUCAAUGUCAUAGCGGAUUCUUACAAUUUGACUGGAGCGAGAAGAUGUCUUGAAAAAAUGAAAGUUGGAAGUUACUCCGUUAAAUGUACAGUGAAUAUUAUUAUCAAAUCCAAAAAUAAAUUUCUGUGUAAUUUGAUGAUCUUGCAACCAAAUUCGAUGGCAACGAGACUCGUCGAGUAUCUAGCAGAUGCUCUUGGCAAGUUUAACGGAUACAUCAAUUACAUGAUUAACGAUAAUCACUCCUUCGAACUUAGUAUUACUGCCAAUGUCGUUCGCAAACAGCUGUACAUCGACAAAAGAGAGAUUGAACUUGAAAAGGAAUGGUCAGCCGAGGACGUUUAUCGACCAAUGGCCUCUGUUAUUCGAAUUACAAAUAACUUAGACGCAAAGAUAUAUUUUAGAUGGGAAAUACCGACUGCUUCUGGCUUCUACAUAAAACCGAGAUCAGGCUCCGUACGCGGAAACGCAACUUUAUGCGCUUAUGUGUAUUACGAAUCUAAUAACGCUAAAACUAAUAGUGCUCAAGCGAUAAUGAUAUGCGAAAGCGGAAGUUGCGUACCUCUGAAGCUCAAUGUUCCUCGAUUUGUUCGACCGAGGGUUGAAUUCGUAAAUGAUAGUACAAAUCUUGGUGAAAUACCUCUCAAUUUACCGACCAAAGUAAUCGCCGUUCUCCAAAAUUUUGAAUUUAAUGAGAUGGCGUAUGAAAUAGAUAAUGCAUCGUUGAUAUGUGGCUGCGAUGUUAAUCCAUUACGAGGGAAGAUAUCGCCGCGGGGUAUUGUAGUUCUUGAAGUUUGUCUUACGCUCGACGUUUGUUGUCGUUUUUCUAUUGCAAUCCCUGUCACAAUUCAAGGAUGUCUACGGUUAUUGUACAGAAUAAACGGCACUGUAUCAUUUCCACGAUUGAAAAUUCUGCCGCAACGUAUAGAUAUAAAACGCGUCAACAUCGAUGCUUUUCAAAUUCAUCCAAUAACAGCCAUAAAUAUUGGGACAACAAUAUUAAAACUGCAAAUUUUGCUAGAAGAAUAUCCUGAAUUUCGCGUCUUCUUGAUGGCAAACGAUAAAAACUCGGAGAUAGGUAUGGAAGGGAUAACCAUCGCCCCAGGUGCAAGUCAAAAUCUCUAUUUACACUUUCUACCGAUUGAUUUGGCCAGCUACGCUUUUUAUUUGCCGAUAAUGAUAAAUCAGCUGCUUGGUCCGGUAUCGAUGUUGAAUUCAAAGAGCAUGAGACCUUCGGAGUUUCUAAAAUCACGCCAAACUCAUUACGAACAUUUAUCGGGUUUUACUUUAACACCAUUGCUCGAUAAGCUCUCUCUACCUACAAUAUUUAUUGAUUGUACUACUGCUGGUCGUAUCGUUUUCUUCAAUAAGCUUAUGUUUCAAUUCAACUCUGCAAUUAACAAAAUAAAUUCCGUUUGGCAAACAUCAAUCAACGAUCACAUCGUUGUCGAGUGGAUGAUUCAAGGAGAAUGUAUUUGCUCAGGUCAACAAAAUCGAAUAAAAGAUACUUGUCCGUUUAAUAUUAAUAUACUUAUACCAUCACGAAACGCUCAGCUCUGGAAAUGUGUGUCUGAAAUGUUUCAAAAAACUCUUAACUCAAAAGAACGUCAGUUCUGGUCUAAAUACUUAGGUACAUAUAUCGAACUACGUUUAAUACGGUGGUUAAUGGGAAAUGAUAUCGAUUCCACGGCUUUGGAAUUUGUUCAUAUCUUUAAUACCACAGUUACAUAUAAAGUUACGAUUUCAAACAAAUCGAGUCCUCUUGUUGUACCAGAAUGUUUCACUAUACAAGGUAAGAUUUAAAAUAUGUUUUUUACAUUGUGCAUAGGAUUUAUACAUCUACAAGGAUACACUUAAAAAUCUGCACUUAAUUAUAUCAAUUGUUUUUAAGAUUACAAA